AUGGACUUUCUGCGCAGACGCGAUGUCUUUCGCAGCAGCAAAGACGCUCGAGAGAAGCGAACUGGUUCUUCCUCGCCGAGUCGCGAGGGCGGCUCUUCCUCGCUGUUCUCUCCGGCGGGGGGUUUGCAUGUGACGCCUGCUCGUCCCAUCACGCUUGUUGCGCGCGGCUUUUCCUACGCCGUUCGGAUGAAGCCGCAGAUCCCCUGCACCCAGUGUGCCUCCCCGUGUCUCCCUCGAAAGAAGCAGAGUAGCAAAGCAGAGGAUGCGAACAAGCCGAGCGACGAAAACGAGCCGUUCGCGGCGCCGAGCGCUCUCAGAAGACCCGAGAGCGCAAAUUCGUGGCGAAGCAAAGGAGGCCGCGCAGACUCCCCGGCGCACGGUGCCUUGGAUAUCGAGAAAGGUUCAGAAGACCAGCACAUCGGAGACUGUGCCACGGAAAACCGAACGCCCGAAGAGAGGAGCGCCGACGGCGAGACGGAAACGGAGGGGCCUUUGAAAAUUAUUCUCAAAGACAUCAAUCUCUGCGCGAGACCUGGAGAAAUGCUCGUCAUCAUGGGUCCCAGCGGCUCAGGAAAAACGACGCUCCUCAACGCAUUCGCCGGACGGUCCCCUCCCUCGUCUCGCGUCGUCCAAGACGGAUCGCUUCUCUACCUCGGUCUCCAGCCUGGAGAGCCUCUGUCCUCAAUUGCAACUUACGUCAUGCAGAAAGACAUGGUCCCCGAACUCUUAACAGUUCAGGAGUACGUCACUUUUUUCUCUCGUCUCAAGAUGCGGGACGCGACGGAAGAAGAGAGAGCAGAGAGGGUGGAGGUCGUCCUGCGCGAGCUCGGCUUGUGGGGUAGCCGUUUCACCCGAGUCGGCGGAAGCGCCAAGAAAGGUCUCAGUGGCGGAGAGAUCAAACGCCUCGCUCUUGCCGUCGAGCUACUUCACAAUCCGUCUCUCAUUUUCCUUGAUGAACCAACGAGCGGCCUUGAUGCAGCACUCGCGUUCGAGACCAUGAAGCUGCUUCUUCGCCUCGCGCGCCAUGGAGGCCGAACUAUUCUCUGCACGAUUCACCAGCCCCGUAGUCAGCUCUUCGCGAUGUUUGAUCGCUUGGUCCUGAUGUUCGAGGGGCGCAUAGUGUUCCAGGGCCCCGCCAGGCACUGCGUAUCCUACUUUGCCAAGCGCGGGUUCCACUGCCCGCCUCAGUUCAAUCCUGCUGACUUCAUUCUGGAUCUCCUGAAUGUGACAACUCUUACUGCGAACACCCCUCUCGCCUGUCCCCAGUCGGAGGGGUCUCUGAGCGCUCAAUCCCUCCUCGAGGCGGAGUUGAAGAAGGUCCAGACGCAAGAGCUGCAGCGGCUCGCACUCGCGACGCGGGAGGGCUCGCGACACGGAGGCCUGGGGGAGCCCCAGGAAGCUCCGAGGCAGGUCGGCGAGCUUUUGGAGCCCAGUGCCUCGUCGGACGGCUUCACUCCGGGCGCGGAAAGGCCCCAGGCGACCGCAGCCGCAGGGACAGAUGCCGAAGAGACCCGCGAACGACCCGAGAGAGACGGCGGGGGACCCAUGGGGGCGGCAGCGGGCAGGGCGGGAGAUCAGGAGGAAGAGACAGGUCCGCGUCACGAGGCUAGUCCGGCGCCCCUGGCGAGACAUCGCUCCCACGGCCAGGAGUCGGGCGCGAGCGGGCGACGGCGGCGCGGAAACGACGAAGCGGACACUCCUGGGGGAAGCGCUCAGGAUGGAUCUGUGGAGGGCCGAAAGGUCGUCUCUGUGGUCCCGAUCGUUUCUGCGCCGUCGUCGGAGGUCGUGGAGGCGAACGGCGAGGAUGCGGGAGGGGCGCGAGCGGCGGUGAGUCAGGGAGACGCGAGGGACAAGCCGAGGCAGUCGCGGCUGCAGGGCGAGGCCCGAAUCGCGAGUGGCUUUCUGGACGCCGAGGAGACUCAGGGCGAACUCCACAGGGUUCUUGUCGACGAGAACGAUGUGAAGCGGCUAGCAGACUCGUAUGCGGCGAGCCCAGAGAGAGCGCAUGUCGAGGAACUGAUCGUUCAGUGUCUCCAAGCGGCCCCGCCAGACCAUGUGAAGCCGUCGGGACGAGCUGCCGCCGUCAAGCGACUUCUUCCGCAGCGCCGGUGGUCCGACUGGGGCCGGGAAAUUUGUGUCCUCAUUCAAAUGGGUUUUCUAAAUCAUGUCAGGAAUCCAAUGAGUUCUGUUGUUCAGCUCGCGCUGAACAUUCUCUUCGGUUUAAUCUUUGGCGCGAUUUUCUUCAACAUUCCUGGGCAGGGGCAGACCAUUGAUUCGGCGAGGAACAUGUUGGGGUGUCUCUUCUUCCUCGGGUCUCAACUUAUCUUCGGCCCACUUGACUGCCUUGUUCUGUUCUGCACGAAUCGUGAACUCUUCAAUAGAGACACCGCAAAUGGCAACUACACCCCCUUCUCGUACUUCGUCGCCAAGUGUCUCUCGAAUCUGCCUUUCGAGCACCUUCCGCUGACCUGCGUUACGCUGGUCGCCUACGGGAUGUGUGGCUUGCACAGAGGAGCCGCGCACUUCUUCAUCUAUUUCGUCAUCGGUCAGUUGUCGAUCUUUGCCUCGACCUCUCUCCUCGGUUUGAUUUCUGCCGCAUCGCCGCGGGUUGCAGUUGCCCAGGCCGUCGCUCCCAUCAUUCUUCUCAUUUUUCUCCUGGUUACGGGCUACUACAUUCGCGCUGAUGACAUUCCAGCGGUCAUCCGGUGGCUGAAAUACCUGUCGCCUAUUCACUAUUCGUAUGUGGCUCUAGCUCUCAAUCAAUUCCCGCCUGACGAGAAAUGGGGUGAUUCGUCCAACAAGGACUUUCUCGAGUCCUACGGAGGCAUCACUAAGACAGAUCUUGGGUUCUACAUUGGCAUGCUUGCUCUGCUCGGCUGCGUUUGCCGCGUCCUGUCUUUCUUCUGUCUGAAGUACAUGCACAGGCGCAUCGGCCUUGAAGCGUGA